AUGUGCGACAUCAGCGCCAAAAGAAAACCCCUGGUGGUGAUAGUGCUAAUCACCUGGUGUUCAACCGCCCCGGGGGCGGCCCAGCAAUACAGCCUCCCCCCCGCGUUCGUGCCGAACCCCGGCUCCACCGCGCGCCCCUUCCCCCCGGGGGGCUUCUCCACGUCGACGGGCCACCCGGGGGGCUUCGCCUACGACCCCAACGACCCCCGCAACGACUACGACCAGAGCGCCGGGCAGAGGCCCGGGGAUUUACCGCCGGAGUUCGUGCCGAAGGGGGCGCGAGUGAACCCCGGGGGGUUCGAGGGGGCCGGCGGGGCGUUCGGGGGGUUCGAGGAGGAUUCGUUCAGGAAGAGGAAUCGAUUGGAGGGCGAUGUGAGGGGGUUGUUGCAGUCGCUGGACGUGCAGGCGUCGCAGAUGUGCACCAAUAACGUGGCUGCCCAGUGGAAUUUCGAGACUAACAUUAAUCAGGCUACUCAGUUGGAUGCUAUAAACGCCCAGCAAUUCUACGCCGAAUUCCAACAUGGCGUGUGGGAUUUACUGAACAACCUGGGCAACAUCAACAGCCUAGAUCCUCAAACCUACAGGCAAAUCCGCUACUACUCCGUCAUCGGCCCUUCGGCCCUUCCACCAGAAGACCUGGACAGGUACAACAGACUGAUCAACGACAUGCUGGCCAUCUACAACACCGCCUCCAUAUGCGCCCACAACGAUCCGUUCCACUGCGGGCUGCGCCUGCAACCCGACCUGGUGAAGAUCAUGGCGAAGAGCCGGAACUGGGAGGAACUCCAGCACGUCUGGACCGAAUGGCGCAGGAAUUCCGGACAGAAGAUGAAGGACACCUUCGAGCAGAUGACGGUGCUCUCCAACAAAGCAGCCAGAUCUAACAAUUUCACCGAUACCUCGGACUAUUGGAGUUUCCCGUUCGAAUCGCCGGCGCUGAUGCUGGACCUGGAGGACGCCUGGGAGGAGAUCAAGCCGCUCUACGAGCAACUGCAGGCGUACGUGAGACGGCGGCUGCGCGAGUACUACGGCCCGGAGCGGAUCAGCAGACAGGCGCCCCUGCCGGCCCACGUGCUGGGCAACAUGUGGGCCCAAUCCUGGACCAACAUCUUCGACAUCACGCAGCCCUAUCCGGGCCAGAACUUCCUCGACGUUACUCCGGAGAUGAUCAAACAGGGGUAUUCUCCGCCGGAUUUGUUCAGAUUAGCAGAAGAUUUCUUCGUGUCUUUGAACAUGAGCGUGCUGCCGUUGGAUUUCUGGCAGGGUUCGGUGCUGCAGGAACCUCUGGAUAGGAUCGUACUGUGCCAGCCGUCCGCUUGGGAUUUUUGCAACAGGAGAGAUUUUAGGAUAAAAAUGUGCACGAACGUGAACAUGAAGGACCUGAUAACGGCCCAUCACGAAAUGGCGCACAUUUACUACUUCAUGAUGUACAAAAACCUGCCAAAAGUGUUCAGAGACGGAGCCAAUCCCGCGUUCCACGAGGCCAUCGGCGAAGCCAUCGGGUUAUCCGUGGGUACUCCCAGGCAUUUACAAGCCUUGGGGCUGGUGCAGAAAUCCAUCGAUCAGUUGGCCGUGGACAUCAAUUUCCUCUAUUCCAGCGCUCUGGAUAAGCUCGCUUUUCUCCCGUUCGCCUUCGUCCUGGACAAGUGGCGGUACGACGUCUUCAGCGGAGCCGUCAAAAAGGAGGAAUACAACUGCCAUUGGUGGCUGUUGAGCGAGAAGUACCAAGGAAUCAAACCGCCUGUGUUGAGGUCCGAGAUUGAUUUCGAUCCAGGUGCAAAGUACCACAUUCCUGCCAAUAUACCCUACUUAAGAUAUUUCGUGAGUACGAUCCUGCAAUUCCAAAUCCACCGAUCGUUGUGCACAGCCGCAGGACAGUACCGGCCCAAUGACCCUUCGCACAGGUUGCACGAUUGCGACAUUUACAGGAGCAAGGAGGCUGGGAAAAUUCUCACUCAGAUAAUGGAAAAAGGUUCAUCGCAGCCUUGGAGAGAUGUGCUGUUUCAAGCGACAGGCGAAAGUAGAUUAGAUGGAAGAGCUUUGAGGGAAUAUUUCGCACCGUUAGAGGAAUGGCUGAGGGAUGAAAAUUUAAGGACAGGCGAAUUUAUCGGCUGGUUAUACGACGGAGAUUACUGCAAACAAAGCAUAGAAACGGCCGGUUUGCAAGUAUACGGAGGAUUUUAUAACCGAUCGGUUAAAUAUAACCUAUCGUUAGACGUUCUGUUGGGAUUGGCGAUGGUUUGGGUUAUGCAUAGGCUAUUUUACUUGUAA